AUGAUGUCUAUCAGGCGACCAAAGGGCUGCUGCUGCGUGUCGCAUUUCAAUGAGGACAACGGCAGGUUCAUCCUCUUAGCAGUGCUAAUUGUGGCAUAUCUGACCGCUGGAGCUACUAUUUUCUCAGCCAUUGAGAGCCCAUCUGAAGCAGAAGCUCAGCAUCGUUGGAACUGGACCCUUCAGAACUUCAGCCAGAUCUUCAACAUUAGCCUCCCUGAGCUAAGGGCCUUCUUACGAAGUUAUGAAGCAGCCAUGGCAGCAGGUAUCAGGGCUGAUGCCUUACGGCCAAGAUGGGAUUUCACAGGGGCUUUCUAUUUUGUAGGCACAGUAGUGUCAACAAUAGGUUUUGGGAUGUCCACCCCAGCAACAGUAGCUGGGAAAGCCUUCCUUAUUGUUUAUGGUCUCUUUGGAUGUGCAGGAACUAUUCUCUUCUUCAAUCUCUUCCUGGAACGGAUCAUCUCCCUUCUGGCUUUGGUCAUGAAGGCUUGCCAUGAGAGGCAGCUGCGGAGAAGUGGUCUUCUACCUCCAACCUGCCGAAGGGGCUCAUCCAUCUCUGACGCAGACAGCCUGAUUGGUUGGAAGCCAUCAGUCUAUCAUGUGAUGCUGAUUCUGGGAAUCUUUGCCAUUAUUCUCUCUUGCUGUGCCUCGGCCAUGUACACAGCCGUGGAAGGGUGGAAUUACAUUGACUCCUUGUACUACUGCUUUGUCACCUUCAGCACCAUUGGAUUUGGCGAUCUGGUGAGCAGUCAAAAUGCUGUGUACCGAAAUCAGGGAUUGUACAGAUUUGGGAACUUCAUGUUUAUAUUAAUGGGGGUAUGCUGCAUAUACUCUCUUUUUAACGUCAUAUCGAUUGUAAUCAAGCAGAUUUUAAACUGGAUGCUAAGAAAGUUUCGAUGUAGAUGUUGCCCAGAUUGCCAUAAGCCAAACGCUCGCCUUGGGCGGCGGAAUGCCAUCACGCCGGGAUCCCGCUUCCGCCGGCACAAUAUCUCUGUGGAAACUGAUGGACAGUAUGACAGUGACACAGAUGGGAGAAGGCUCUCAGGGGAAAUGAUCUCCAUGAGGGAUCUCACAGCCUCUAACAAAGUCUCUCUGGCGCUUCUCCAAAAGCAAUUAUCCGAGACAGCCAAUGGCUACCCUAGGAAUGUCUGUAUAAACACUAGACAAAAUGGCUUUUCAGGAGGAGUAGGUGCUCUAGCCAUCAUGAAUAACAGAUUGGCAGAGACAAGUGAUUCUAGGUAG